GAAUUACUCGGUACGGAUGACGGCAUUGUUCCCAACUUUUUUUUUUUUCCUUUCUUUUUUACCACCGAGGUUGCCAACGAAACUUGCACAGUUGAAAAUAAAAGACAGUGAAGCUCGAGUCAGCUUCGCUUCGAUGGUGCGAACCCUGCGCAAGGGAACACACCUGCAUCGAUCCAUGACGACCCGGCGAGAAUAAAGCGCACAAGAUGCCUUCGGGAGCAUUGGGCCGCGCUGUAGUGGGAAGCCUCCCGCAACGCGGUGUCGGCGUCGCAAAGAGCUUCUCUCACCAAUCUGCCCUCUUACCAUGUCAUGUACUCUGCGCCCUUCCUAGACGACCAAUUGCUCCGGAACUUCCGUCACAGCCGCUCUUCCAGACCUCUCCUUCAGUUUUCAAGACGAACUAUCACUCAUCUCGCCUCAUCCGAUCGCAAACGCCGCCAGCCUUUUCUCCGAGGCUCGGCGUUACUUCUACGUCACGAAUACAAGUAUCGAACUCGCCAUGGAAAUCGCCAGUUGGUGUGCUGAGACAGAUAUCUACGAAUCAACCGUCUAACCGAGAGAAUAAUCUUAAUGUGACCAUACCGAAUAACGAAAAGAGGGACAUCAGCAUCGUUGCUUCAAAGGCGGCUAAGACUGUGGAAGACGUUGCGCAAUCCUACGAGGGUUUCGGCAAAAGUGAAAAAGCUACGAAGGCGGCUCAGGUCAACUUACGCGCUCGUCUUUCCCACGAUGGAAAAGAUGGCAAGAAAAGCUCGGCCUCGUUCGACGAGAUCUGGCGCCUCAUCAAGAUCGCGAAGCCAGAGGCAAAGAAUCUUACUAUUGCCGUGGUGUUGCUACUUCUCUCUUCGGCCCUCUUCGUAUCGCUCCCCCUAGUUGUCGGCAAAGUCAUGAAUGUUGCUACUGCGAAAGCUCCUGCAGAAACAGAAAUGUUCGGCCUAUCACUCUACCAGUUCUUCGCUGUUUUCGGCUUGGCUCUUACCCUCGGCGCGUGCGCUAAUUUUGGACGUAUUGUCCUGCUGCGAAUCGUCGGCGAGAGAGUCGUCACACGCCUACGAUCGCAGCUCUUCAGGAGGACGUAUAGCCAGGAUGCCGAAUUUUUCGAUGCGAACAGGGUCGGUGAUCUGAUUUCUCGGCUCGGCACGGACACUAUUAUAGUGGGCAAGAGUAUUACGCAAAAUGUAUCAGACGGAUUAAGAUCGAUGGUGAACAGCGUUGCGGGACUCGCAUUGAUGGCCUGGAUCAGCCCCAGUCUCACUGCUAUUAUCUUGCUCGCUGCCCCUUUCAUCGGUAGCGCCUCUUUCGUGUACUCUCGCAUCAUCCGGAGGAUAAGCCGUAAGAUGCAGCAGAACCUAGGGACUCUUACUAAGAUCGCGGAAGAACGCUUGGGAAAUGUCAGGACCAGUCAGGCUUUUGUCGGUGAGGCCCAGGAGGUCCGUCGGUAUAACAAUCAGGUCAGGAAGGUCUUUGAUCUCGGGAAGAAGCAGUCUAUAUACGAUGCGUCGUACUUUUCUGGGACAUCCUGGAUGGGUAACAUGACGAUAAUUGCUUUGCUCUGGUUCGGUGGAAAUCUCGUGAGAGACGGUAUAAUGACAGCUGGAGAUCUCACUACUUUUGUCAUGUACACGUUCUGGGCCGGUGGCGGGUUAUUCGGCGUGGCCAACUUUUACUCAGAACUAAUGAAAGGAGUCGGCGCUGCUACGCGUAUCUUCGAACUUCAAGAUCGGGACCCAGCUAUCUCCUCGACCAAGGGGUUCAAAAUCACAUCAGCACAAGGACCCAUCAAAUUCGAGAAUGUCUCUUUCGCCUACCCUACACGUCCUGCUGUGAUGAUCUUCAACAACCUGAAUUUCGAGAUCCCAUCGGGCACUAAUGUGUGCAUAGUUGGCCCUUCAGGCGGAGGAAAAUCGACCGUGUCGUCUUUAUUACUGAGGUUCUACAACCCUACCUCUGGCACCAUCAAGAUCAACGACAUGGACAUUACUAAGAUGAACGCGAAGUCGCUACGACGUCGCAUCGGCAUGGUAUCCCAGGAACCAGUACUGUUUUCGGGCACGGUAGCUGAAAAUAUCGCCUAUGGAAAACCAGACGCUACGAGGUCAGAGAUAAUAACGGCCGCGCAAAAGGCUAACUGUGGAUUUAUUGCCGAUUUUCCCCAGGGUCUCGAGACGCAAGUCGGCCCCAGGGGCGCACAACUCUCGGGCGGGCAGAAACAGCGUAUCGCUAUCGCACGAGCACUCAUUAAAGACCCUGACAUUCUCAUCCUAGACGAGGCUACUUCAGCUCUAGACGCGGAAUCCGAAACAGCAGUCAACCUAGCUCUAGCGGGACUACUCAAAGGCCGCAGGAGGACAACUAUUUCGAUCGCACACCGGCUCUCUACGAUCAAGCGCUCAGAGAAGAUUAUCGUGUUAUCUAACCAGGGCACGGUCGCCGAAGUGGGAUCCUACGAGGAACUCAGCGCAAACCCGCACAGUGAAUUCACCCGGCUAAUGGAGUGGCAGAUGAGCGGAGGUGAGAUCCCAACCAGAGCACAAGGCCCCGCACUCUCGGAAUCCGAGAUAAUCGAGGAAGACCUCGAGGAGGAUAAAGAUGAGGAGCUUGGCGAAGAGGAAGAGGAAGAAAGAAAACAGAAAUCGGAGAAGUAAUAGUCACGCAUCUCAUAAAACAUAGCACGCAUUUUUUUUGCAUGAAAAA